AUGUGCGUCCAGACCAUGCGCUGCCUGGUCUUCCUCAUUGCCUCCCCGGCCCUGCUCCUGAUCUCGCUGUUCGGCUGCCUGGUGUGGAUCCUGCUGCUGCCCUUCAGGUGCAUCUGCUGCCCCUGCGCCUGCGCCGUGCAGCUGGCCUGGGACGUGGUGGAGUGGCUCAUCAAGGCGCCCUUCCGGAUGCUGCUCUGGGCGACCGGCGCGGACGACUGGAAGCCGGACCAGACUCGGCGCCCGCCACGCGACUAG